AAUUACAGCAACGUGUUCAACCUUUCCAUCAAAGCACGAAGAGCAUGAAAAUGUUAAGCAUUCGAAGUCACCGAGUCAAUUAUUAGAACGCUCUACAAAUGAAGAAAAUAAUAUGUUACUGAAUUGUGAAGAAGACGACUUGGAUGAAGAACUUGUAAUUGAAAAAGAAAUAACGGAAAAAAUUAAAACACCUACAGGGAAGCGAAUUAUGGAUAUCGGCUUCUUUUUUGAGCAACUUAAGACUAUUGGUAGUCAUGGGGCAAUGAACUGUGGAAUUGAAUCCCUAGACCUAAUAGGAGAAAAACGAAUUGGAUUCCACUCUAAAUUUACUUUUCAAUGCAAAAUGUGCAAUCAAAAAUUUUGCAUAGAAAAUGUUUUAAACCAGUUCGACAUUAACGUUGCUGCGGUGGCAGGCACUGUAAGCAUCGGUUGUGGCUUUUCUCAACUAGAAGAAUUUUCUUCAGCUUUAGAUUUGCCCCCACUGUCGCAACAAAUAUACCAAAAGUACCAUGACGUUGUUUCUAACAACUGGGAAAAGGAACUGGCUAUAUCCAUGGCUGAAGCUGCUGCAGAAGAAAAGGCAAUAGCCAUUAAAGAAGGAAAGGUCAAUAAAGAUGGCAUACCGCUUAUUGAUGUCAUAACUGAUGGAUGCUGGAGUAAGCGGUCUUAUAAGAAAAAUUAUUCUGCACUAUCAGGAGCAGCUGCUAUUAUAGGAAAAAACACUGGAAAAAUUUUGUUUCUUGGUGUGAAAAUAAAUAUUGUAGCAUAUGCGUCACGGAUGAGAAAAAUCAAGUUGUCAGACCACACCAGUGCUACAAAAAUUACACAGGCACUUCAACUGGUAUGGAAUCGACUAUUAUUGUUGAGGGUUUCAAGUCGUCCUUAG